AUGCUUGGACCAGGCCACAUUGAAUCAACCCUGAGGCUCUACGUGGAGCUGCUGCAGAUCUGGAUAGAGGAAAUUAAACAGAAGACGAAGGGAGCAGCUGCAAAGGGCGCGGCGGUAGACCCAGGAGACAAGACCGGCUCUGGAAGCAGGGCCUUGCAACUGGAUCUUUCGAGCGUUCUAGCUCAUGUUGAAGAAAUCGAGUCUCAUGGAUUAUUCUUUCUCUGCUCGCAGUCAAGAAGAGUGCGGGCAUUCGCCAUUACUGUCCUCCGGCUGAUCACGGAGUUUGACAAAGCCCUUGGGAAAGAGAACACAAGGAUCAUCAGAAUCCUAGAAGCGGAUUCUCAGCAGAUCUUAGAUGUCAACGAUGAACAGCUUACCGUUGCCGAGAGGAGCCGGAUUCAAAAAGGCAAACGACGGAGCGUGUCACAGAAUACGCUGAUUGAAUUGUGUAGCAGCGAAGUGUCCUACGAUUCGACCCUGUGGGCCAAAGUGUUCCCAAACAUCAUCCGAAUUAGCUUCGAGAUGUGUCCCUUCGCUGUUACUUUGGGACGAGAAAUUGUCUGUGCACGGCUGGUCUUGAUGCACAAAACGAUUACUGCCCUUGCUGAGACACCUCAGCAUCCCCAAUAUGCUCCGAUGGACCCUGUCCAAGCUCGCUUGGUCGGCAGAAACAAUAUGACUGCCGAGAUUUUGAUCGAACAGUGGAAGCUUUACCUAGUCAUGGCUUGCACCACCCUUAACAGCGUCGGUGCUCAAUCUCAAAGCCAGCUAGCAAAUGCCCAACACGCGCGGAAAUCAUCAAAGGGACAACAGCAGACCCAAGAUAAGAUCAGCUCUGCCAGAAGUCUCUUUGCCUUCGUGAUCCCGCUGCUCUCAGCCGAGCGCGCCUCCAUCCGAGAUGCUAUUGUCAUUGCCCUAGGGUCCAUCAACAAGAACCUCUACCGCACGUUGCUCGAGUCACUACAGUACGCCGUAACAACGUGCAACGAGGAGGCCAAGAUUCGGAUCGGGGCUCAUUAUCGGUCUCCAAGCAGCCCCAGGAGAAACCGAAAGACGGACCGCCUACGGACGGAGGUGACGCAUGUGUACAAGCUCACAUCUCAUUUCUUGCAAGAGUCUGAAGUGUACAACGACGACUGGAUCGUCAAUAACUUGGUGACCUAUGCUAAGGAUCUUCGGAUAUUCUUGAGUGAUGCCGAAGUUCAAAACGAUUGGGAGUUCCAACGACUGCGCUUCCACUUCUGUGGACUAAUGGAAGAACUAUUCGAGGGCGUAAACCGUACCAAAGACCCCUCUCGGUGGAUACCGUUCGAAUCCAGGAAAUCUGCCUUUUCCCUAAUGGAGGAUUGGUGCGGGUACUCUCCGAACCAAGCCCAGAUAUCUCAAAGGGAGGAGAACAUGCGCAAAUAUGCGAUCUCACAGCAGGUUGAGACUGGUGAGCUGCGAAAUACCGCUGCUGCGAUGGAGAUAGAAAAGAAGAAUUUGCGCGCCGCGGCUCUCAGUGCCAUGGCGUCUUUGUGUGCUGGACCCAUCAGCAUUACAACGGAAAGUGGCUCUGUGCUUCAGUUCGACGUCGGCCGUAUGCUCUCUUGGAUUGAUAUCAUUUUCAACGCAAUAAGCGACAAGUGGAAUGCGACAGGCCGGCGAGCUCUCAAGAACUUGAUCAUUCACAACAAAGAACACACUUAUCUCUUGGAGCGCUCGAUUGAAAUGUGUUACAUCACAGAACGGCCAAAGGCUCUGGAAAGUUACUUUGAAGUGGUCACUGAGGUUCUUAUUGAGCACACCGACUAUCAGCUUGGUUUCUGGAGGAUUCUGGGCGCGGUCCUCGUCACUCUCGGUAGCCAAAAGCGGGAGAUUCGGAUGAAGUCAGCUAAGCUCCUCCGAAUACUUGAAGAGCGCCAACAGAAGAACUCCCGCUUGCAGGACUUUGAUAUCAGUAUCUCUGACAAGACGACCGCUGUGUACAAACUUGCCCAAUUUGAAACGUCGAAACGACUGGCCCAGCAACACUCGGACUUGGCAUUCACCUUGUUUUCCGAAUUCUCCCUUCACUUCAAGAACCUACGACCCGAUAGCCAGCGCAACAUGGUGGCCGCAAUCCUCCCUUGGGUGCAGACGAUGGAGCUUCAGGUCGAUCCAAACGGUGGCCCGACGGCUAGGUCGUACAUGCUCUUAGCCAAUCUUUUCGAGAUCACGAUUCGCUGCAGCAACAUUCUUCCCAACGAAGUUCAGGCUCUCUGGCAAGCCUUGGCCACGGGUCCCCACGGUGGGAACGUGCAAUUGGUUCUUGAUUUCAUCAUAAGUCUGUGCUUGGAACGUAAAGAACAGAACUUUGUGGAGUACGCGAAGCAAGUCGUUGUGUUCUUGUCCGGAACGCCCGCUGGGUCCAAAGUCAUUGAGUUCUUUUUGAUGCAAGUCGCCCCGAAGAAUAUGGUCCAGGAGAGGAAAGAUAUCACCCCGGCGCCCCCAGACAUCAAGACCUUGCCGUACGUUGCCGAUCUCGGGACCGUGCUACCAGUUGGUAAUAAACAAGCUGGUCUUUCUCUUGGACAAGUUGCGCUCAUAUUCCUCGUCGACUUGAUGGUUGCGCCCGUUACUCUUCCUCUCGAAGAUGUUGUCAAGCUUCUACACGUUGUCCUAAUUCUCUGGGAUCAUUAUACUCUGACGGUGCAGGAACAGGCCAGAGAAAUGCUGGUUCACCUCAUCCACGAAUUGAUUGCCGCGAAGAUCGAAGACAAUGCGCCUGACGGAACCAGACAGGCCAUUGAAGAUUUCGUGGAAUCUAUACGGAAGAGCGAUGCUAAAGUCGUCUGGGAGUAUGAGGACAAUCAGGAUCGAGAAGAUGGUGAUGACGGGAGUCGCGUGCCCUCGUCGAUGGCUAGUGUUACCCGCCAGGUUGUUCACUUUUUUAGCCUUGCAUACGAGGGUAUUAGUGAUCUUUGGGCUAAAGAGGCGCUUAACUGGGCGACUUCGUGUCCUGUGCGACAUCUUGCCUGUCGGUCCUUCCAGGUUUUCCGCUGUAUCUCCACGUCCCUGGACUCAAGGAUGCUUGCGGACAUGUUGGCCCGGCUAUCAAACACGAUCGCAGAUGAGGAAGCAGAUUACCGGACGUUCUCUAUGGAGAUUUUAACAACUCUGAAGAUCAUAAUCAGCUCCCUGUCACCAACCGACCUGCUGCGUUAUCCUCAGCUAUUUUGGACAACCUGCGCAUGCCUGAAUACCAUCCACGAGACCGAGUUUAUCGAAAGCAUAGGAAUGCUGGAGAAGUUCCUGGAUCGAGUGGAUAUGAGUGAUCCAGUUGUUGUCUCUGAACUCAUCAAAGGCCAACCGCCGAAGUGGGAAGGCGGCUUUGAUGGUCUUCAAGAUUUGGUCUACAAAGGACUGAAGUCGACCGAGUCGCUCAACCGGACAUUGGAUGUCUUGCACCGUCUCAGUGGCCUUCCAAACAACGAACUUAUCGGGGAUGGUAAUAGGUUGCUAUUUACGAUUCUGGCGAAUAUGCCGCACUUCCUUCAUCACUUCGACGUGUCUGUAGAUGACCCCAAGACACUCGCUCGGGCCACUUUGCUGGCCCGUGUGGCUGAAGGUGAAGGAUGCCCACGUCUGGCGGCUUCGCUGCUUGGAUUUGCCAACGAACAGUACAAGGCCGAGAACGACUUCCUGAACCAUAUCGUCACCGAACUCCGAUCAUACUUCUUCCCUCGGCUCGAUGUCCAAAGCUUAAUUUUCAUGAUGGGCCUCUUAACCAACACAACCGUGUGGUUCAGGAUCAAGGUCAUGAAGAUACUUUGUGUGCUCAUACCAGAGGUCGAUAUGCGCCGAGGAGAAGUGACAUGUCAUGGGCCUGAUCUGAUCUCCCCUCUUUUGCGGCUUCUGCAGACAGAUCUCUGUCCUCAAGCCUUACAGGUCAUGGAUCAUAUCAUGACGGUCUCCGGGAACCCGAUGGAACGCCAUCAUCUUCGCAUGAGUAUGGCAUCGGCGACAUCUUCUCGGGCCAUCCGCAAGGAAUACGAGCGUAUCCAGAGUCUCUACGGCAUUCCAGAGCCGACUGGGUGGUCUAUUCCAAUGCCUGCUGCCCAGUCUAGCAUCACACGCCAUAAUGUUCAUGCUGUGUUCUAUACUUGCGCUGAGGUCGACCGCAUGGAAGCACAGGAGACCGCUCCCUCGGAGGUGGAGUUCCAUGCGGAUGAGUAUAAUGACUCCAUCUUCCAAUUGCGGGCUGACACAAUGAAGUCAAUUGAUACACAGACCGACGGCAAUAUUGGGGACAUUGUGCAGAAGCUCGACAGUCUGGACGACUUCUUUGAAGAGAGUGAGAUAGCUCACCCUACCUUUGACGCCAUGCCUGAUGCCACCUUGCGAGGUUUCACUGGUGCCUAUGUCGAUACCAGUGCCCAUCUAUACGACCAACAGACGGCUCCCAUCCUUCGGAAGUCCCUCGCACGAACGGCUUCUUCGUCUUCCUUCCAUAACGGGCUUGCGGAGUCCCGCCCGCCUAAUCCGCGUUUUGACGGCCCAGGCAUGCAUUCCCCGGGGACCCUGACACCACAGGCGUCCAGCCAGACACUUCGUCCUGUAUCGCACACCCGCUCGGUCACUUCGCCCGCCAAUCAUCUCUUCUCGCCACCUACAGCCAACGUGCAAUUCUCUACCCCCCCGAUUGGCUUUAGCGAAUCAGCGUUCCUAUCCGACGACGACGCGGAGGAAGGGCUCUCAGAUUUUGACGAACGCAUUACGCUGAACAGGCCGGCAGCCCCUCAUCCCAUCAACCAAACCCGCAGCGCCACGGACGGGUCUUCGUCACUCGAGUCGAUGAUUCGUAGUGGUAUGCGUCGGCUUACCGGUGGUGCCGCCAACAACCGGGAGAAAGAAAGACAACGAGACUUUGUGAGAGCACAACAGAGAGCGAUUGCUCAGACCGCGAGUUCGCCACGGGUGCCUAAAGUGCCCCCCGAAUAUCUCUCGGGACCAACCAGCAGCCCAACAUCGCCGGGGCAAUAA